AUGAAGACCCGAGCAACAAAGACGUCAGCUAAGGCUGCUGAACCUAGCGAGGAGAGCCAUCUUGAAAGCGCCAGCCUUGAGCCCAGCAGCAACAACCCUCCGCUCACCUUCGUCUUGCCAGAAGGUGCCUCGUCAGACGCUCGCGUUGUCACUCUACCGAACCCAGCAUCUUCGAUCCCCAGUCGAUACCUGUUCUGUCCCGAAAAAGGAAUUUUCGAAUUCACCAAGAUCACUGCACCCAAAAAGACGCCUCGGAGUUUAUUGAUUGCUCCUGACCAUUCGACCACCCAAACACAUGAGAACGCCUCAAUCGUCUCGACAGGCUAUACCGUCGAGAAUGCUGAUAUAUACAUCGCCACCCCAAUCGACCCUCUUUUCGUCCUCCUUCCCGCCUUGAUUCCUGCCGCCGAAUCACACGACCAACUCUUUCUCACAAUCGAUGACCACCUGGACAAGCUAGCUGAAAGAGCGAAGCAUUUGAGCCAUUUACUUCGUUCGACCAGGAUACAAGAAUCCCUCGAGCAGAGAGCCGAUGCUGUUUGCGACAAUGUCGACCUUGGUCAUGAGAAGAUGUUCCGUUUGUCCAACGAGAAGUUGCUAGCUGAGCUUGUCACCAAGGCCCAACGUGUCGUUGUCAAUGGUCUCCCUGCAUCCAUAGAAACCCACUUUGUCCAAGAAGCUCUUCGUAUACCCAUGAUAGCUGUGCAACGAUCAGAGUCACAAGACGAGCCAACUCCCACGCCUGACACAGACUCUUCGACCCCCUCAGCCGCCACAGAACAAUCCCAGCCUUCACAGUCCUCAGCUGUGACUGAAGCUACUUCCCUCACCUCGGCUUCCGAGUCUACUCCCGACAACGUAACGAAUCUUCUUCGUCUUCGUACGGCAUUGAAUAUGGUCCUCUCAAAUUAUAUUCCCUCCACCCUUCACACACCGCUAAACACUAUUCUCAAAUCCUCCUCUUCGCCAGUGGAUUUUGCUCCUCUCGAUGCACAUCUCGACCAUAUUGCCGACGCUAAACGCCGAGCCCAAGCGCUUCGCUCUCUCUCGGACAACAUCUCUCGCAAACGCAGCACCAUGAACGACGAGGAGGCCGAAGAGAGGGAAGCCACAAAGAGAAGGAAAAAGGAGGAAGAAGAGGCAAAGAAGAAAAACAUGAGCAGAGGUGUAAAACAACUCGGGAAAGUAAACACGACCGGUAUGAUGAAACUGAGCUCUUUCUUUACAAAGGCACCGGCAAAGAAGUAG